AUGAAUCCCUUGAAAUCUGAGAUCUUCUAUGGUGGGUACAAUGAGGUUGAGGAAGCGGUCCUAAGUGGUAUAUCCGGUUUUAAAAUCGGUGCAUUCCCAACAAGAUAUAUGGUCUUCCACUUAAUCCAAGGAAAUGUCAAAUUGAUUUCUUCGGUGAUCUACGGAAUAGUAAUCUUUUCGAGCUUGAAUAAAACUGAAUCUGCUAGAGGAGCAAGAGUAGCUUGGACCGAUAUAUGUAAGUCUAAAGCGGAAGGAGGAUUAAGGAUCUUAAUGCUUGAGGAUUUCGAGAAGGCUCAUUAUGGGUGGCUUGGGUUAAUCACAAUGUAUUUGGGAGGAAGGUUUUUGGCUCACGCGAGAUGCUAA